AUGAUUGCGAUUGCGACGACGAGUGCAGGGACGGGGAACCAAUGGAAUGCGAAAGCGAAUCAACCCCUUUGUAUGGAGGAUUUGAUUGCCGACAUUGCGUUUCCAGCUCUUGACGUUGAGGAAUUGCUCCUGCAACAAAGAGGACUCAAAGAGGUGCCGUUUGCUGGAAUGGACAAAACGGGAAAAGGCGUCUGUUUGUGGCACCAAGAUGGUCACUGUCCCUUUGGCGCGAAAUGUUCGUUGCGGCACAUCGUGGGAGACAAACAGGUCGUUUGCAAGCAUUGGCUACGAGGACUUUGCAAGAAGGGAGAUGGCUGUGAAUUCUUGCACGAAUACGAUCUCACAAAGAUGCCCGAGUGCUACUUCUUUUCAAAAUAUAUGGCCUGCUCGAAUCGCGAAUGCCCAUUUCGGCACAUUGAUCCUGAAAGCAAAAUGAGAGAUUGCCCGUGGUACGAUCGAGGAUUUUGUAGACAUGGUCCCUAUUGCAAACAUCGUCAUCGCCGUCGUGUGAUUUGCCCGAAUUUCUUGGUUGGAUUCUGCCCAGAAGGAAAAGAAUGUAAAUUUGCCCAUCCUUCAUUUGCGCUACCGGCACUCGAAAAUUCGGCCUCAAACAACAAACGGACCUUUAACGCCUCAAUAAUUUGUCACAAUUGCCACGAAAAGGGGCAUAAGGCGACAUUUUGUCCUCGACUACCAGGUGUUUCUAAUGCACAGGCAAGCAAUGCGGCCGGUGAAGGAUUCCACCGAGAAAUGCAUGGAGUUAUCCACCCGUCGAUGAUCCCCGAGAAGAAAAGUCUGUCCGAUGUCACUUGCUACAAGUGUGGUGAGAAAGGUCAUUAUGCGAAUCGUUGCCACAAGGGAGUGCUCGCUUUCCUUUCAAACACCGCUCAUCUUGCCCAAGAACAACGAGAAAAAGAUGAAAAGGAAGGAAGAUACCCGGUGUCGAAUUUCGCGCAUCCCCAUCCCGUCCAAUAUCAGCAU